UUUGGGGCCCGUGGCCACAUAGCCACAGUCGCCGUGCAAGCUCCCAGAGAUCAAACCGGAGCUCGAGAUGAUGCAGCCAUGGGCCGUUGUGGUCCUACUUCUGCCCCUGAUCAACGGAGAUGUGAGUCACCUGCCCAAGGAAUAUAUACCGCCCAGUGCGGAACAGGAGCCAACCACACGGUCUGCCGCUGAUGGUCAGGAGGUGCAGAAGGAUCCAUCUGGGUUCUAUCCCUCGACUGGUCUGCCCCUACCGCCGGGGUAUGCCAUUCCCACGGGCAGCAACGUUCCGCCAUCGCCUGUCCAGCCGCCAAACUUCCCUCUGCCCAUCUAUCCACCAUUCUUCGGCUUCGGCGGAGGUUCUGUCGAGCAAGGAGGAGGACCUGGUAUUGGACCAGUGCCUUCGGCCUAUCCCAACGGAGGUGCAUUCCCGGGGGGUCCUCCCAACGGAGGUGCAUUCCCGGGGGGUCCUCCCAAUGGAGGUGCAUUCCCGGGGGGUCCUCCUAAUGGAGGUGCAUUCCCGGGGGGCCCUACGAAUGCGGCCUUCCAACUGCCACCUGGUGGUCCUUUCGGUCCGCAAGCUGGUAACUUCGCCCAGCCAGGUGGCUUCCCGCAGGCGGGUGGGUUUCCCCCACAAGGAGCUGGCUUCCAGCCACAAGGCAUCCCUGGCAAUGGAUUCCCACCGCAAGGAGCACCCUUCUCACCACAGCCAGGAGUGUUCCCACCACAGGGAGGUGCCUUCGGGCCACAGGGAAUACCGGGCAAUGGUUUCCCAGGAGGUAACUUCCCGCCACAGGGAGGCCCCUUCCCAGGAUCCGCAUAUCCACCGGAGUUCUUGACGAACCAGGGACUCCCCCUCACCAAUCCACAGGGUCCCUUCCAAGGACCCAGUCCAGCAGGAUUUAAUGUGCCCGCGGGAUUCGGCGGACCUGUGCCCGGCCAGAAUCCCUACCAGCAAUUUGGACCCGGUUUCGGAGGACCCGCUCCGCCGGGCUACUCCGAUGAGCCGGCGAAGGAGCAACCAAAGGACAGUGAGAGGACGGUAGUGGCACCACCAUUGGCCGACGAUCCCAAGAGUGCGGCGGAUACGGUGUACGCAUCCAAUGGCGGCUACGUCUACAAGAGGGCCAAGUGAUGCGAUGGGCUUCAAAGCUCCAAAUUGGGGAGUUCAUCAAACAUGUUCGCCAUAAAUUAUGAUCCAUAUUUUGUUUUGUAUGUUUUUGCCUGUGUUUUUAUUCAUUUCUUGUUGAUCUGCUGGCCAUAAAGCUGCGGACAGACAAAACGAUUGUCUCUAUGCUAAUCGAAAUCUUAGCCAAAACUGACUGAUAACCAUAAACGAGACAAUCUAUCGUCGUGAUUGAUACAUAUAUUAUGUACAU